UUACGGUGGUGCCAAGGGUCGAGACUCACCUAUAACCAUCCAUCAUCGGCCAAUCUGCAUCGCUACUGUGUCCAGCAGUGGAUGAGUGAGUAGCUACUGCUUCUUUGAGGCGCCUGCCUUAAUGGAAUCUCGUUAAGAUGACUUUCAGAAACACCUCCGUGGAUUUAUUCUCGCAGUUUUACAUCUUGCAGAAUUUCUCCACGUUUUUUAAUUUCUCGCUGGUGGACGCGAUAUAUGACAGAGCAGCGAGUUCUGAGUCUGAAUCUCACAGACCGACCAUCAGAGCGCUGCUCAUCCUCGCGUACUCGGUUAUCAUCAUCAUCUCCCUCUUCGGAAAUGUGGUCGUUUGUCAUGUUGUCGUUAAGAACAAACGGAUGCACUCGGUGACGAGUUUGUUUAUUAUGAAUUUGGCCAUUGCUGACAUUCUUAUAACUCUUCUUAACACGCCUUUUACUCUGGUGCGGUUUGUUUACAGUACAUGGGUGUUUGGGAAGGUAAUGUGCCAUGUAAGCCGCUUUGCACAGUAUUGCUCCGUUCACGUCUCUGUCCUCACACUGGUUGCCAUCGCUAUUGAUAGACAUCAGGUGGUGAUUUAUCCAAUGAAACAGAGGAUGUCUCGGGUUAAGGGAGUGGCCUGGAUCGGUGUUAUCUGGGUGAUGGGGUCUUGCUUCUCUCUACCUCAUGCAAUCUACCAGAAACUCCUGCGCUUUGAAUUUAUCAAUAACAGGGUACGGAUGGUAUGUCUGCCCAGCUUCCCACACCCGUCUGAUCUCUUCUGGAAGUAUCUGGAUCUCACCACUUUUGUCCUUCUCUACGUCCUGCCACUAGCGAUCAUCUCCAUAGCGUACCUUGUGGUGGCCAAAAAGGUUUGGUUCCAAAACGCUGUUGGCGAUAUUACGUUGGCCCAAUCAGCUGCCCAUCGCCGGAGGAAGAAGACGACCCUGAAGAUGCUGAUUGCGGUGGUCGCCAUGUUUGCUGUCUGCUGGUUCCCUCUAAAUUGUUACGUGGUGCUACUGUCAAGUAAGGUGAUCCAGGCAAAUAAUGGCCUGUACUUCACCUUCCACUGGCUGGCCAUGAGCUCGACCUGCUAUAACCCAUUCAUAUACUGCUGGCUCAAUCAGAGCUUUCGGGCAGAACUCAGAGCUCUGCCUUUAAUCGGACGCUUGGCCAAGGUCAACGCUAUCCAGCCAUCCUAAGGAGGAUGGUACAUCCUACAAUCUAUUUUCUUAUAGAUAUCUGAUGUUUUUUCUUUUAAACACACUCGAACCCCAAUCCUCCGUAGUUCUCUCAUCUCAACCUCUGUGAUUUUAGUAUUUUUAUCUCACCCAAGGCUGUCAUUUAGUCCUCUCCAUAUUUCAUUUAAAAAGAACAUAAUGUUGCCACAAGGUAAGACGACACUAAAGAAAAAGGAUGUUAAAGAGAAGUUUCAAGAGAAAAAAAUGAUUGACUGGUUGUAAAGCAUGUCUUAAUGUUUGCAGAAGGGUUUGAAGUGGCUUUUUUGAAGUAGUGUAUUAUACUAGACAUAGAAACAAGAAGCUUUAUUGUUUAACUGUUACUUGACAUCAAUUUGACUAGUAAAAAAAGUCAAGUAAA